ACAGUAAAAUGGCGCCAGAACUAGUGGUGGGCUGAGCACACUGGGACACUCGAAGCCGGCCCUGCGGUCCCCGGGCCGACCCGGCCCCUCCCGGACAUGGAGGACGUGGAGGCGCGCUUCGCUCACCUCCUGCAGCCCAUCCGCGACCUCACCAAGAACUGGGAGGUGGAUGUGGCGGCCCAGCUGGGCGAAUAUCUUGAGGAGCUGGACCAGAUCUGCAUUUCUUUUGACGAAGGCAAAACCACAAUGAACUUCAUUGAGGCAGCACUGCUGAUCCAGGGCUCCGCCUGUGUCUACAGUAAGAAGGUGGAAUAUCUCUACUCGCUGGUCUACCAGGCUCUUGAUUUCAUCUCUGGCAAGAAGCGGGCCAAGCAGCUCUCCUGUGAGCAGGAAGACGGGCCCAUUGGGGACGCCGGCUCCAGGGCCCCCCAGGAAGUGGAGUAUGAGUUCCUGUCGUUGGAUGACCUCUCUGAUUCCCGUGCUAACGUGGAUCUGAGGAGUGACCAGGCCCCCAGUGAGACCCUCAUCGUCCCCCUCCUGCCCAUGGCCCUGGUAGCCCCUGAUGAGAUGGAGAAGAAUAAUAACCCCCUGUACAGCUGUCGGGGGGAGGUCCUGACCAGCCGGAAGGAUUUUAGGAUGAAUACGUGCACCCCCCACCCCAGAGGAGCCUUCAUGUUGGAGCCGAUGGGCAUGUCCCCCAUGGGGGCACUGCUGCCGAGGAACCAGAAGGAGGCUGGGAGGGCUGAGGAGCAGCCAGUGGAAGCCUCUGCGUGCAGGAGCCCAGUCCCGGUGCUCAGCAUCUCCCAGGAGCCAGGCACCAUUACAGAAGGCCCAGUGCCCGGAGGUGGGGGUGAGGAAGAGGAUACAGAGGGGGCAGCAGAGCCCCCCGAGGCCUCAGCCCCUGAGGUCCCGAUGGAGCUGCAGGAGCCCAGGAGCCCAGAGCAGAGUGCGGCCCAGCCCAGGAGGUGUGCACUACGGGAGCAAAGGGAGGCCCUGGAGCCUGCGUCCCGGCUGAAGGAGACCCCAGACCCCUGGCAGGGCCUGGACCCCUUCGACUCCCUGGACUCUAAGCCCUUCAGGAAAGGUAGGCCCUACUCUGUGCCCCCCUGUGUGGAGGAGGCUCCAGGACAGAAGCGUAAGAGGAAGGGUGCUGUCAAGCUGCAGGACUUCCACCAGUGGUACCUGGCUGCCUAUGCUGACCACGCUGACAGCAGGAGGCCCCGGCGAAAGGGCCCUUCCUUCGCAGACAUGGAGGUCCUGUACUGGAGACACGUGAGGGAGCAGCUGGAGACCCUCCGGAAGCUGCAGAGGAGGGAGGCAACUGAGCGGUGGCUGCCGAGGGCUCAGGAGGAAGCGUGGCCUGCGGAGGAGGAUCGGCUGGAGGACUCCCUGGAGGACCUGGGAGCGGCAGCAGGUGACUUUCUAGAGCCCGAGGAGUACGCAGAGCCUGAGGGGGCCGAGCCUGGGGAAGACGCAGACCUGGAAGCAGAAGCCAUGCCGGCGUCCCUAAGCUACGAGGAGCUGGUCCGAAGGAACGUGGAGCUCUUCAUCGCCACCUCGCAGAAAUUCGUCCAGGAGACAGAGCUGAGCCAGCGCGUCAGGGACUGGGAGGACGUCAUCCAGCCCCUGCUCCAGGAGCAGGAGCAGCAUGUGCCCUUUGACAUCCACACUUACGGGGACCAGGUAGUCUCAAGGUUCAGCCAACUCAACCAGUGGUGUCCCUUUGCGGAGUUGGUGGCUGGCCAGCCUGCCUUUGAGGUGUGUCGUUCCAUGCUGGCCUCCCUGCAGCUGGCUAAUGACUACACGGUGGAGAUCACCCAGCAGCCUGGGCUAGAGGCGGCGGUGGAUACCAUGUCCCUGAGACUGCUCACGUACCAGCGGGCCCACAAGCGCUUCCAGACCUAUGCUGCCCCCUCCAUGGUCCAGCCCUGAGUGGGGAGCACUGAGACCGGGGUUGGGCCCUGAAGCCCUGUCCCCCGCAGGUGCUGGGCAUGCGUCUGCUCACUCCACUUUGCUUCCCGGCUCGCCCAGCCCAAUAAAGUGUUGUCAUUCCGCCAAUCCCUUUAAAAAACCUUUACAAAACCAUUCCGUGUGGAGGAAAGGGCUGUCUGUCCUCUGCACCCCAGGAAGCUACCAUGUCUCCAGACCCUUUCCUGCCGUGGCCUCCAGGGGCUGCUGGUACAGAUCUCAGGCACACACAGCUCCACCACAUCCUUU